AUGAGUUACUCGAAGAAGGAUGAGGAUGGCGACCAGACCAUCUUCAAGGUCGACCGUUCCACGGUGUUCCAGGAGGCUCGCAUAUUCAAUACCUCUCCUAUAUCGCCUCGAAAAUGCCGUAUCCAGUUGACCAAAAUCACAUAUCUCUUGCACACCGGAGAACGCUUCCCCACACCCGAAGCUACCACGCUGUUUUUCGGAAUCACAAAGCUGUUCCAGCAUCGUGAUCCUUCGUUACGGCAGAUGGUAUACCUCGUCAUCAAGGAGCUUGCGAGCACGGCUGAGGACGUGAUCAUGGUCACUGCUUCUAUCAUGAAGGAUACCGCGGUUGGAAGCGAUGUCGUGUACAGACCGAAUGCUAUCAGAGCAUUGUGCAGAGUUAUUGAUGCGACGAACGUUCAAGCUAUAGAACGUCUUAUCAAGACCGCGAUUGUUGACAAGACUCCAUCUGUCUCGUCCGCUGCUCUUGUUUCUUCUUACCAUCUCCUUCCGCUCGCGAGGGAUGUGGUUAGAAGAUGGGCCAAUGAAACCCAGGAAGCUGUUCUCUCGAACAAAUCUGGUGGUGGAUUCCUCGGACUGGGUUCUUCGUCCUCCUCGAUCGGUCCCCCAACUGGAUACAUGACACAGUACCAUGCUAUCGGUUUACUCUACCAGAUGCGUGCACAUGAUAGAAUGUCCCUGGUCAAGAUGGUUCAACAAUUCGGUUCGCAGAACGCGAGCGCGAUCAAGAGCCCUGCUGCUGUCAUGAUGCUCGUUAGAUUGGCCGGAAAGAUCGCUAUCGAAGACCCCAACCUCAGAAAACCAAUGGCACAGCUUCUCGAGGGUUGGUUAAGACACAAGAGCGAGAUGGUCAACUUCGAAGCCGCGAAGGUUAUCUGCGAACUCCCCGACGUGACCGAUGCGGAGGUUGCACCGGCAGUUCAUGUCUUGCAACUCUUCUUGACUUCUCCACGUGCGGUCACCAAGUUCGCUGCUAUUAGAAUAUUACACCAUAUCGCUUCCUUCAAGCCGAAUACCCUCCAGCAUUGUAACAUGGACAUCGAAACUCUUAUUUCGAACUCGAACCGAUCUAUUGCUACUUUUGCUAUCACCACCCUGCUUAAGACUGGAAACGAAGCAAGCGUUGAUAGGCUUAUGAAGCAGAUCUCUGGAUUCAUGGCUGAUAUUACAGAUGAAUUCAAGAUCACUAUCGUCGAAGCCAUCAGGACGUUGUGCUUGAAAUUCCCAAGUAAGCAGGCUGGUAUGCUUGCUUUCCUUAGCGGUAUUCUCCGCGAUGAAGGUGGCUAUGAGUUCAAGAAGAGUGUGGUUGAGAGCAUGUUUGAUCUCAUCAAGUUCGUUCCAGACAGCAAGGAAGAAGGCAAGUUGUUUAUCGAGGAUUGUGAAUUCACCAAGCUUGCCGUCCGUGUUCUUCACCUACUUGGGCAAGAAGGUCCCAAGACAUCGCAUCCGACAAAGUAUAUCAGGUACAUCUACAAUCGUGUCGUCCUUGAGAACGCUGUUGUCAGAGCUGCAGCUGUCACUGCUCUUGCCAAGUUCGGUGUUGGACAGAAGGACGAGGAAGUUAAGAGGAGCGUUGUCGUUCUCCUUACCAGGUGUUUGGAUGACCCAGAUGAUGAAGUUCGUGAUAGAGCUGCUUUGAACCUCAAACUAGUGACUGGUGCAAGUGAAUAUGGUGCCAAGUUUAUUCAUAAUGAUUCUAUCUUUUCGCUGCCAAUUUUCGAGCACCAGCUUGUCAUGUACGUCACCGGCGACCAAUCCACCUUCUCGAAGCCCUUCGAUAUCGCCAGCAUCCCAGUUGUCACCCGCGCCGAAGCCGAUGCAGAGGACAAAUCAAAGAAGAUGCGCCCAGCUUCCGACAUGCCAACUCUCAAGGCCCCAACAAUCAGCGCCCCAGGAGCCCGUCCAUCUGCUGCACCCAUCUCCGAGGCCGCUGUCAAUGCCGCUGCCGCUUCCCAACAAUAUGCUGCCACUCUCUCUGCCAUUCCGGAAAUCAAGGCUCUCGGCCAGCUUCUCAAAUCCAGCAGAGUCGUCGAGCUUACCGAAGCGGAAAUGGAAUACGUCGUUACCUCGGUCAAGCACAUUUUCAAGGACCAUAUUGUCUUGCAAUACAAUGUUAAAAAUACAUUGACCGAUUCCGUCCUGGAGAAUGUGACUGUUCAAGUUACCGUAGCAGAGGAAGACGAAGAAGAGCCAUUGGUCGAAGAAUUCUACGUCCCGGCGCCAAAGAUUGCAGUCGAUAGUCCCGGAACUAUCUACGUAGCCUUCAAGAGACCACAAUCAGAGGAAGGAGCAGGAUAUACCACCACCACUUUUAAUAACGUCCUCAAGUUCACGACUAAAGAGAUUGAUCCUUCGACCGGUGAAGCCGAAGAUGGUGGAUAUGAUGAUGAAUACGAAGUUGAGGAUUUGGAGUUGACCGGUGGUGAUUAUGUUGUCCCUGCGUUCUGUGGUAACUUUGGAACUGUUUGGGAGCAGGUUGGUACUGCUGGUGAGGAGGUUACGGAGACUUAUGGAUUGCCACAGGAGAAUGUGAAGAAUCUUGAGGAGGCUUGCAAUCUCCUCGCAUCAGCUCUAUCGCUACAACCGAUGGAAGGCACCGACGUGCCCAUGUCUACGACCUCGCAUGUACUCAAGUUGUUUGGAAAAACUAUCUCAGGUGGGAGGGUUGUUGCUAUGGUUAAGAUGGUGUUUUCGUCGAAGAGUGGGGUUACGGUUAAGAUUACGGUUAGAAGUGAGGAGAGUGGGGUUGGACAGUUGGUUGUUAGUGCUGUUGCGUAA